AUGCCUCCACCAAAGGCCCAUAUCCGUGCCAGAACGGCCAAUCUUCCCUCUGCUCCGAGAACACCCAAAAAGAAGCGGACCCAUUCCGUGCUUACACCGCAGACAAGAUCGCGUCAUUCAAAGAAGACACGCGUCAAACGCGUCGAACACGUCGAGAAUGAUGAGAAUAUAGAAGACGCCUAUCUUGACACGUCUUCCCCCUUGAAACCCCUUGGCGACGAUCCCUUCCUGGUGACUGGUCAGCCUGCGCCUAUCACCUUCCAAUGUGAAGGCUUCACGAGCCGGCCACCCACUGGUGCCCCCGAGACCUUUAUGUUUACUACCGAGCUGUUUGAGGAUGUCGACGAGGAACUUAAUUCAGAAGACGAGGACUUGGCAUUUGUUAAUCCCGAAUUUGACGAGCUUCUCACUUGCGCUCCUGGAACAUUUCCCUACGAUGGGUACCCGCGUCCAGCUCCACCAUUGGAAUAUCUUGCAAGAAUGAAAGCUGCCGAACGCCAACGUGUGGUAUUCUCUGCACCCAGCGUCACUGCUGCCCAUGAUGCACUCGUGGACUUGAUGCUGUUGAUGAAGGGUGAAAUUCGUGGUCCCAACAGCAAGGGCUACAAGAAGCCCAAGUUUGACACAUAUGUUCGCGCAAGACUGGAGGGAAUGCGUACUCUGCUGUCGAUAUACACGUCACCCAGAUCAACAACAUAUGAAGACUGGGGUGAGUCAGCGAUGCAGGCGGCGAUUGCUGUUGGUCGGGGUAAGAACUGCGCGAGGGUAUUUGCCGAGCUUGCGCGCGCGUUUAUCGAAGAUCGACAAGUUCUUCCUUGUAAUCCCUAUGGGAAGUCAAGCAAACCAAUACUGAACAACGAAAGUCUUGAUGCCGAAGUGCGAGCAGCAUUGCGUGGCCAGGAAAUAACGGCGGAGAAAACCCAAGCAUUUGUGAACCGAGAAGACAUCAGAGAAAGAUACAAGAUUACCUCGGCUAUUAGCAUUCGCACUGCACGCCGAUACCUGAUCAAGCUUGGUUUUGCUUAUGGAUAUGCAAAGAAGGGCCAGUAUUCUGACGGGCAUGAGAGGGAAGAUGUUGUGGUGUAUCGAGAAGAGACGUACCUGCCGACACUCAAAGAUUUUGAAGAGCGCUCCUACAUCUACCACGCCGAUGGCACCAUCCAAGUCCCUCGUUUACCGCCAGGAGUCCGACCCACAUGCAUAUGGUACCACGAUGAAUCGAUCUUUUACGGCCAUGACCGACGACGGAAGCUUUGGCAGGAUGUGACGGCGGGGGCAAAACCAUAUCAAAAGGGAGAGGGAGGAUCGUUCAUGGCUGCCGACUAUUUCUCUGCCGACUUUGGAUGGUUGCGAGGGGCUGGAGGUGCAGCGGAUAUCGAAGAGCAAGCGAGAGCUGCUUGCGCAAUCGCCACAACACGGUGGCCAGAAUUUGACCACAUCUUCAUUUACGACAAUGCGACCACCCAUCGAGCUCGGACUGCUGGUGCGUUGACAGCAAUGGGAAUGCCCAAGUUUACUUCGGGCUCGCGUGCAAUUGAGGCAGAAGAAGAGGGCAGGGAUGGUGGAGAGAAGACCAAGAAGCCGCGAGCUCCAAAGAAAACCAAGCCAGCUGGAGGAGGGAAUGAGACACGAAAGAAGAAACCGCCGAAGAAGACCAAACCUCCCAAGGACCCAAAAGAUGCCAACUUCUUGGUCCAGGUCAACAAACUCAACGAAGACCAGACCAUCAUGCACGACGAGCACGGUGAACGCGUCAAGGAAGAGAUCCAAAUGACUGGUGCGACGUUCGCCGACGGCAGUCCACAGUCUCUCUAUUUUCCCACCGAUGUCGAGAAGUUCGCUGGUAAAUUCAAGGGCAUGGCGGUUAUUCUGGAGGAGAGACGUUUGCGUGGGGACUUGGGAGAGCAUUUGACGAAGGAGGAGCUUGCAGGAAAAGUUGCCCAAUGCAAGAAAUUCAAGUGCCCCAAAGUUGAUGCGGGUAGACAGACGACAUGCUGCAUGCGUCGAAUGCUGUUUGACCAGCCCGAUUUCGCCAACGUCCAGUCAUGCCUAGAGGCAGCCUGCUCGCCCUUCAACGUCACAAUCCUCUUCCUUCCAAAAUUCCACCCAGAGCUUAACCCCAUCGAAAUGGUGUGGGGAUUUGCCAAGCGCAUGUACCGGCAGUACCCUGAAUCGUCUGGCGAUGAAGCAUUAGAGCGGAACACGCUGACAGCGUUGGAUAGUGUACCGUUGGCCUCGAUGCGAAGGUUUGUUUUGCGUGCUCAUCGUUUUGCCGACGCUUAUCGAAAAGGACUUGAUGGCGCACAGGCCGCAUGGGCAGUAAAGAAGUACAAAGGGCAUCGUAUGCUUCCCCCAGAGUUCAGAGCUGAGCUUGAAAAGGCAGAAGCCGAGGCCAAGGGUACACAGAAUAUCAAGUAG